AUGCACUUUUGGACUUAUUACCAAGCUAUUUAUUUGAUAUGUAUUUAUGUUGUGGAAGAGGAUAGAUGGUUUAUGCCAGUUAAUUGGGUUUCCUGGAUCAUUCUCUUGGCUAAAAACUGGAUGUCAUGUGUUCUCUUUGAUUCUUAUGCUGCUUGUCAUUGUGUCACUGAAGUCUUGAGCUGCAGUCAUCGAUCAUGUCAUAUGGUGCAUAUCACUGAGAGGACACCUUGCUUUUAA